UGGCUGGGGGGCUUAUUGAUUAGAGAAACAUAAUCUCCCUCUUUAUUAUCUCCAAGUCAAUUAAAGCUAGAUAUUAGUGCACUAUCUCACAGGGGAGAUAGUGUGACUGUGUCAGCCAAUCUUCACCUGUUAGUUAUCAAAGUUAUUAAAGCAGCUUACGCUGUCCAACCGUUCCAGGUGGUGAUUGUCUGUUAGAGUCCAGGUGGAACCGAGAGCAGGGACUCAGUCUACCCCAAAAGCACUGGCAGAGUGCAGUUAAUAUGACUAUUUGAAUUACAUUGGGAGGAUCAUUGCACUCUACCGCGGAUAGAGAGGAAGACUGGCAGGAGGGCCGGCUUCUGGUACCGAAAGAGGAGAAAGAAGAGCUCAACACGGAAUAACGGCCUGCAAGAGCCAGGGCUGGAUGAGAAACUAGAAUUCAUCAUUAUUCAAGAGUCAAGUAACAUACAUCUCUGACAAUUUCCCUGUCAGAGAUGGGGAAAUUGAGGGUGAAAUACGCACUGAUACGGGAAUGCAUGGCAGAGUUCAUUGGGACCUUUGUCUUAAUGAUGUUUGGCUGUUCGGCAGCAGCACAGGUCAAGACCAGCAGAGAGACCAGAGGCCAGUUCCUCUCAGUUAACAUGGCCUUCUCUGUUGGGGUGAUGUCAGCAAUGUACCUCACCAUGGGCAUCACUGGGGCUCAUCUUAAUCCUGCUGUGAGCCUGAGUUUUUGUGUGUUGCGCAAGGUUUCCUGGACCCGGCUGCUUCCCUACUCUCUCUCCCAGGUGAUGGGUGCCUAUGUGGCAUCUUGCCUUGUCUUUUUGGUCUACUAUGACGCCAUAAUGGAAUUUAGUGAAGGUGUGUUAACUGUUUACGGACCCAACGAGACGGCGUCCAUCUUUGCCACAUACCCCUCAGAAUAUAUCUCUCUCGGCAGAAGUUUCCUUGAUCAGGUCGUCGGGACAGCCAUGCUGUUGCUAUGUAUUCUGGGUCUGGGGGAGGAGAGGAACACACCGGCGCCCCCAGGCCUGAUCCCCCCCAUCGUGGCGACGAUAGUCCUGGGUAUAGCCAUGUCAAUGUCAGCUAAUUGUGGAGGUGCAAUAAAUCCUGCGCGAGACCUGGGACCACGCCUCUUCACACUUACAGCAGGCUGGGGCGGAGAGGUCUUCACGUGUUACAAUUACUGGUUCUGGGUGCCGCUGGUGGCUCCCAUGAUAGGAGCUGUCUUGGGGACUCUGACGUAUAAGGUCUUCAUUGAAUGGCAGCUCCCUGACCCGGACCUCCCCUCGGACCUGCCCAUCCCUCCCAUACCCACCAAGGACUGCAAGGAGCUCCAGGCAGCUAUGGGAAAUGGAGUAGAGUUGAAGACGGCCCGUUUCUGAGCCCAAUUUAAACUCAAUAUGAACGAAUGAAUCCAAAUCCAUGAUAAAUGAACUGCAUUUAUGCAGUUCAUUUUGGCUACUCAAACCACUACUCAUUUAGAAUAAGUGCUUCACCAUCACCUAUUUAUCCACACAUCCAUACAAUGAAGACAAUGUCAAUGAUGCAGGUGAACAGCCAGUUAUGGUUAGGAAUCUUGCAUGGGGUCACCUCAACACUUCAGGAGGAGCAGGGGAUUUAACGAUCAACCUUAUUGACAGAAGAAGCUUUAACAUCGGCCUGUGACUACCCUAUGGCUCUCUAGUGAGAAAAAGCAAUAAAACAGCAAUGUUGUUUUUGAGGAUCUACUUGAAAAAUUGCAAGAUGCAGAUAAUAGAUAAAGAUUGUACUCUGCACCGGAAGACAUGAACAAACACACACACACACACACACACACACACACACACACACACACAUACACACACACACACACACACACACACAAACACACAAACACACACAAAAA